CAACCCGAUCGACUGAUCGAUCGCCAGCCGUCUCCGAUCCAGCUGCGAGGCUGCACACACACGCAUCUCUACCGUCCCUCCUCCAGCCCGCACACGCCAUCGACGUCGACACAAAUGGGCAAGCCUGGACAUAAUCGCUCCAAUAAGCCUUCGAGGCCGUCCAAGGGCAGCGGCAGCAGCAGCGGUGUCAAGCGCGGCGGACAUGCAGGUGGCAUCGCCAAACGAGGAGCCAAGGGCAAGCCCGGACAGCCCCAGCGGCCCCGGUACGAAGAUCUCGAGCAGGACGGCGGUUCAUCCAAGGCUGGCCACCAUCAGAGACAAAAUGCAAUGAAGGGCAAGCAGCAGCAUCAGCAGCAGCAGCAACAGAGAAACCCAGGCCGUAAACAGCUCUCGGCCACACCGCGACCGUCACAGUCAAGAGAAAAGUUUGGCGUCCAGUGGGAGGGCUUCGAGAAGAGCGCCUGGACCAAAAAGAAGGAGGCCUACAAAGCCGAGCGCGCUGCCCGGGCCCAGGAGGAAGCCGGCGACUCGAAUGCGAAAGGAAAGGCAAAAUCACCCAAGGGCGACAAGCCCUCCAGGUUUGCGACCAAGGGCGACAAGUUCAAGGGUGGACGGAAGGGUCGAGCCCACGGCAGCGACGACGACGGAAGCGGCCGCGACCACGAUGAGGAAGAGAGCGACUUUGAGGAAGUCCCGAUGCAGCAAGACAGCGGCGAGGGCUUUGAUGAUGCCAGCGACGACAGCGCAUUGGACGACGAUGACGACGGAGAGCACGGAGAAGGCCCAGACCAGUUUGAUGACGAAGCCGGCAAGGGCAACGACGACAGCGGCUCUGAGAGCUAUGAUGACGAUGACGAUGACGAUGAUGACGACAACGAUGACGACGACGAUGAAAAACGAGAAAUCGCACAGCAGGUUAUUGCAUCGAAUCGCAAGCACAAAAAGUCUGGAGGAUUCCAGUCGAUGGGCCUCAGCUUCCCGAUCUACCAGGCCGUCCUGCACAAGGGAUUCAAAGUGCCCACCCCUAUCCAGCGAAAGGCCAUCCCCGUCAUUAUGGAGGGCCGGGACGUCGUGGCCAUGGCCCGCACCGGUUCCGGCAAAACAGCUGCCUUCAUCAUCCCGCUGCUGGAGCGGCUCAAAGUCCACUCGGCCAAGGUCGGCUGCCGCGCCCUGGUGCUCUCUCCGACCCGUGAGCUCGCCAUCCAGACGCUCAAGUUUACCAAAGAGAUGGGCAAAAACACCGACCUGCGUGCCUGCAUCCUCGUCGGUGGCGACAACAUGGAUGAGCAGUUCGCAGCCAUGGCCACCAAUCCAGACAUCAUCGUCGCCACACCAGGCCGUCUGCUCCAUCUGAUGAUCGAGAUGAAUAUCGACUUCAAGACAAUCGAAUACGUUGUCUUUGAUGAAGCUGAUCGCCUCUUCGAGAUGGGAUUCGCCGAGCAGUUGCAUGAGAUCAUGCACCAGCUCCCGGAAAGCCGACAGACCCUGCUGUUCUCGGCCACGCUUCCGCGACUACUGGUCGACUUUGCCAAGGCGGGCCUGACCGAGCCUGUGCUGAUCCGGCUCGAUGCCGAUACCAAGAUCAGCCGGGAUCUGGAGCUGCUGUUCCUGUCGAUCAAGGGCGAAGACAAGGACGCGGCGCUGCUGUACACGCUCGAAAAGCUGAUCACAAAAGGACAGCAGACCAUCAUCUUUGUGGCAACCAAGCACCUAGUCGAGUAUCUGCACGAGCUCCUGCUCGUCGCCGGCAUCGACAACACCUACAUCUACGGCUCGCUCGACCAGAUGGCGAGAAAGAUCAAUCUGCUCAAGUUCCGCAACGGCCAGUCCAAGAUCAUGAUCGUGACGGACGUGGCAGCGCGUGGUAUCGAUGUGCCGCUGCUCGACAACGUCAUCAACUACGACUUCCCGCCCGCACCGAAAAUAUUUGUCCAUCGCGUGGGUCGUACGGCCCGUGCUGGCCGACGAGGCACGGCCUACUCUCUGGUUUCGAACGACGAGCUCCCCUUUCUGCUCGACCUCCAGCUGUUCACCGGCCGGCCGCUGAUCUUCGGCACCGCCUUUGAGGAGUCACCGGCCAAUCCAUCUCCCCCCGAGCCCGACUUCACCUCCGAGAUUAUCUACGGCGGCAUUCCGCAGGCCGAGCUCGAUCUGAGCCGGGAGCAAGCGCUUCACAUGGUCAAAGAGAACAUUACGCUGUCCACUCUCCAGCACACCGCCCGCAAUGGCUACAAGCUCUACUACAAAACGCGCCCGCUGGCCAGCAAGGAGAGCUACGCACGAGCCAAGGAUGUCAUCAAGGCCAACAUUGGCAUGCACCCCGUACUCGCCGACAAGAUCGACCCUGCUGAGCAGCAGCGGGCCACGAUGCUGGCAUCCUUGUUGUCGUUCCGGCCGCCUGAGACCGUGUUCGAGGUCACCAAGAAGGGCACAAAGAGCUCCGAGGCCAUUCUGAUGGCUCAGCGACGCAAGCAGCUCAACAAAACCAUCGAUGCAACCAAGACGCAGACCAGCGACCUUGCUUCGCAGACCAUGAUGGCUCAGCGUAAAGCCAUCAACCGUGGCAGCGCCGGUGGCCCGACCGGUGGCCUCGAGAUGGUCGACGAGGACGAGCUCGAGAGCGAGUUCCGGACUGUCAUUGGUGGCGACAAGGCCAAGCGCAAGCACGAAGGAGAAGGUCAGGAUGCUUCGUCCAAGCGACCGGCCAAGUCGUUCCGUGACGAAGAGUUCUACAUGUCCUACACGCAGAGAGAUGCACACACUGAGAAGGGCUACAGCCUGGCUGCCUCGGGACAGGGUCGGCCUGCAUCCUUCCUCCAGCACGCCAGCACCGCGACACUCGAGUACCAGGGCGACGACGAACAGAGUAUCCAGAAGCGAACCAGUGCCGCUGUUUGGGAUGCCAAGAAGCGACGCUUUGUGCGGCCCACUGUUGGCGCAGACAACAAAAAGCUCAUCCGGUCCGAGAGCGGCGCACUCUUGCCAGCCAGCUACAAGUCCGGCAGAUUCGAGGAGUGGCAGAAAAAGUCAAAGAUAUCGCUCCCGCGCAGCGGCGAGCGCGAACUGGCGUCGGCGGGCUCCAAUGCCCUGGGCGGGACGCUGUCCAACAUGCGGCCGGGAACCAAGUUCCGACACAACAAGAUUAUGGCGCCCACACCGGGCAGUCUCGCGGGAGCUCGCAAGGCAGCACGGAGAGAGCGCGAGGCCAGGCUGGCAACGGAUGGCUCGGAAAGCGGCAGCGGAACCAACCUCACGACGACGCAGCUGGGCAAGAAGUCCAAGGUCGUUCGGCACAAGACCGUGGCUGGCCGGAAUACCCGCAGCGAGCUCAAGAGCGCAUCGCAGAUCCAAAAGAGCCGGAAGGAGAAGGAGAGGCGACGGGAGAAGACUGGUCGCCACAAGCAGGGCAGCGGCAGCGGCGGCAGCAAGCGGCGCUGAGCAGAGAGGGAGCAAGCGGAUGGCUGCUUGGGCUGGCCCACAACGCUCGUCGCAGCGGUUGCGGAUUGAAGCAGAGAUGCCCAGCGCCGAUGGCGGGCGGGGAAUAUACACAUGGUGGCGCCCGAGAGCGCCGCCGUCGAAUCCCA